UUAUACUGUGUUUGGUUGGGCACUAGCGGUAGUUACUUGGUUAAUUUGUGUACAACACAAAGGUGACAUUAAAAGUAGAAUCUAAACACCUUAAAUAUUGAAAAACAAGAUCGUGUGAGGCUGAGCGAUUUUUACACAGCUGUGUGGACUAAAACAGGAUAAGAACCUUAUGAUGAGGCUGUGACUUUUUUGACAGAUACAAACAUGGCAGCUGCCAAAAAAGCUUGCUCUAAGGCAGGGGGUGUUCGAUUUGCUGAGGAAACCGCUGCCGCUGCUGCACACUCCCACGUGCACUUUGAUGAAAAGCUGCAUGACUCGGUUGUCAUGGUGAUUCCUGAGGCUGAUGGGAAUUUCAUGGUUAAGGUGGGCUUUUUAAAAACUCAACAUAAGUAUGAAAUUGUCUUCACACUGCCGGAGGUUCCAGCACUCGGGAAAGAUGUGUGUCCAGCUCCUGUACCCAAUCCAUACCUCCAGAUCAAAGACAUUACUGUGGCCCCUGGAGGAGGGCUGAAGGUGACAUGUGAAUAUAUGGCUCAUAAGGAGGGUGUUUUGAGCGAGGAGAUGCUGAUAGUCAGCGAGCGCAAGGAGGAUGUGUGUCUGAAAGUCAGAGUUCAUGCUCGUGUUAUGGAUCGACACCAUGGGACUCCUAUGUUAUUAGAAGGGGUGCGGUGCAUUGGAGCGGAGCUUGAGUAUGACUCGGAGCAGAGCGACUGGCAAGGAUUCGACUAAGCCUGUUACUCCAACUGUAGAAGUUUUACACAUCAUUGAUGAGAAAACCGAGUGACCACUGUUAAACCAUUCAUUCUGCUAUCUCCCAACAUUCUGCAUAUUAAAUUAUGCUCAACGUUCUGCAUUCUGGAAUCAUUCAAAUUUGUGUUUUGAAACCUUCCCAGCAUACUGAACUUUUCAGCAGUGAGCAUUAUAAAAGCUCUUCCAAACUUUGUUCUGGAAUCUUCCUAAAAUUCAGAAAUGAGGAAUCUUUAAACUGUGUGUUUUAAAAGCUCCCAGACAAUCUACGUUCCAGAACCUGCACAAUGUUCUGUGUUCCUAAAUUUGCUUAUUAGUAAAAUCAUGUUACAUAUUUUUGCCAACAUGCAGUAGGUGGCUUAAUAUUAUUUGUCUAACAAGUUCAAAUGGUUAAUAAAUAUGGUUGAAAUAAAUAUUGUAUGAUUUGUAUGUGUUUAGGCUGUAUGGUCUAGAUACAAGUCUUGUGGAAGCAGAUCAAGAAGAAAUACCCUGUGGUUUUGCAUGUAUGGUAUGCAUCUAAUCGUCUUGCAGGAACUGAUCUCGUCUUGUCGUGUGCUGAUGUGAGGGUCUUGUUUUUUUUAAUUGAUGACCACAAGGGGGCCCCUGGAAACGAUGUGAGCGAGUUAUUUGUCUCAGACUUUCAGUAGGGGGCACCAUUAACCUUAAAAUUUAUUUUAUUCACUGGCUUGCGGCUAAAGAAGCUUUAUAGACGACCACGACAUAAAUAAGUUACAGGGACACAACUAAAAGGCCGUCCAUUCAUUAUCAAUCAUCCAUAGGCUGAAUAAUUAUAGGACACAUGAUGAAAUGUGUAUUACAAAUGUAAAGACGCUUACCAGACUGUUUGCUUACAAGUAGGAAUUUAAUUUAGCACAAAGUACAGUAUUGGAUAAAUUGUAAGAAGAUGCUACAAGCAUUUUCUUUUAUGCUUUAUUUGUUACACUUUAAGGGCUUAUUUUGUGAAAUAAUUAAUUAUUACUUUGAUUUUGUAUGUUUUUCACUUAUGUUCCAGUAAGCCUAAGUGCCUAAGUCGACCAUUCUCUUUACUCUUCCUUAUUUUUUGUCAGCAUCUGUCAAGUUAUGCCACUUUUCCAAAGCCUUACUGAACCUUAGAUUUGUAACUUUUUUCAAGAAACAAAAACAAAGGCUAUUUUAAAGUUGAUCUGGAGUUUGUAAAUGAAUACAUACCUCGUGAUUUGAUUUUACAGUGAGGGUUUGUUGUGUGAGUUGUCAGUUCUGUUUGGAUACAGCAGAAAUGAGGCAUAUAUAUUUAAUUGUUUUGUACAUGUUUAUAUCUGACCUGUUAACGUCUGCUUGUAUUUGAAUGUUACUGUCACUUGCGUAUAGACAAUAAAGACGACUGUUGAAUGUG